UGAUGGUGCUAACGAUCGAACACAACGACUUCCCAGGCAUACCAAUACGAGAAGAUUGAAAAACCCUCCAUCAUGACUUUAAAGCAGCUGACUGAGAUCUCACGAAAGGAUCUACAGAGCAGAGUGGAUGAGGCAUCCGUAACUGAUGUCCGCCAUCUGUCCUCGUACAACUGGCUAGAGGCUCCUGAGCCCACAAUUGCCGUCCCAGGUUGCCCUCCACUUUGGUCACCCCCUAAAGCUGCACGCCAUGUGAGGAAAGACUCCGGUUUGAUUUACAUAGCGCAGAAUGCCGCUCGUCAUCCUGAAUAUCCGCUUGAACCACUGUUUCGGGCCUUAUACAUGGAGCAUCCUUCGUUUGACCUUGAAUCAGUUGAUCUCAUAACUGAUCGAAAUAACAUUCGCAAACUCCUGUCAUUCGUCAAUCCUAGUAUCAGCAGAAAUGGGCUUGAACCUUUCACUAUCCAUGUUGAAGUCUUCAAAAACACGGUGAUUUUCUGUCGCGCAGAAACUGAAACCAAGAAGUUCGUUCAACCUCAUGAAUUCAUUGGUUACGGUCACGAAUUCGAGAAGGCGUUUACUACCGAUAAGAUCGGUGGUAGUACUGGACACCAUAGACUUGUCUCCUAUCGUUUUAGCAACAUGAAGAUCUUGGUACGGUAUGAAACUGACGGAUACAUCGAUAAACCCAAAAUGGGCAUAUCGGGUGCCGAAAGCGACGCCCUAGCCAGUAUGAUACAAUCUUUGUCCAUCGAGUCUGCCUCUACCGCUUCUACUAGCUCCAAAUUGAGAAUCAAGAGAGCAGGGGAGGUUGUUGGCUCUGAUUCAACGUUAGAGAUCAAGACUCGUGUCUCUCACAAGCCUAUCGACCUUGAGGAAGUCCUCCCGCAGUUGUGGGUAUCCCAGACACCCAAUCUCGUGCGCGCCUACCACAAACAUGGUCGUUUUGAGCCACCGGAGGUUGAGAAUAUCUCAUCUGAAAUCAAAAAAUGGGAAGAGAACCAUCAUCUGGAUCUUAAAUGUCUCGCCGCAUUGAUUCGUAAGAUUAUACUUAUCGUGACGGAAAAUCAAGGAAACGCCAUGAUCAAGUAUGAUCCACAGGUUGAUAAAUUGAUAUUAUGGCAAGUUGAUGGACCAAAGAUGUUACCCAAUGAUCUAUACUCCAAGAUGUGUAACGAUGAAACAAAAUCUCAGAAGGACUCGAGCUCGGCCGCGGCAUCUUACAGAACGAAAAUCAGAAUCGGGGAGAUCUUGUACGACAUCGACGUCUCGAAAAUACCGUAUCUAUCUUCCUUCCUAAGCUCCAUUCCUUUGUUUGAUACCGCUCUCGAAGGCCUCGAGUCAGGCUACCGAGCCUGUUUUCGCUUACUACCAGCGGAUUUGUCUCAAUUUCACACCCUUUGUGAUACAUAUGACUUCCUUGGGAUUGACGUUCUAGGAGGUCAAUCACUCGAUGAUAUUAUUGUCCGCCUGAAAGCUGGCAAGACUGACUACGAGCUCGAGUACAAGCAUUAUCGUGCUAUCAAGGGCGAUAAAUCCACAGCAAGGGAUGCAGCCUUUCAACUUUUAUUUCUAAUUUUGCUUUGCGACUUCAAGAAUCCAGCGAAAGAUAGCAAUCAAGUUUUCAAUGCGGUUCUAUUUGUAGUCUCUCAUUCAGGGACUUUCAAAUGGCGGAUAAGGACUGUGGUGCGCGCGGCCUAUGAGGAGCGCUUUGUCUUAUCUUCUAAACAGAAGGUGACAUUGGACCGCUGGUCGAAACCCAAACCUGCCGAGGACGUAUCAGAUGACUAUGUGACGACAGAGGAUGACUUUUCGGAAUAUUAUCUGUCCGAUGAGUCUUGAGUCGAAACCCUUCAGAUACAACUUCAUGGGUCUUGUUGCAUUUCCGGAGAGUAUGUUAUCUGGAAAUGUGUGGAAAGCCAUAUCACUAAGAAAGCUUGUAUUCACUUUCAUGCAUCCGCACUUUUUAUCUCAUUAUUUCCGGACUUAGUUAGCUGCUGAAGGGUUGAGGCGACAUCAUUUUGCGGUCGACUAUUGGGGUAUUUGCACAAUCUUGGUUACACAUUGUUUCAUCUCCAAUUGCAUGUGCAGUAAAGUCAGAUCACACCCAAUAAUGAGUUGACACAUC